AUGGCUAAGCCCAUAGCACGCUCCAAAUCCAUGACGCUAAAGCGUUCCAAACGCACUAGCUACCUGGCUCAGCCCCUUCCGCCGUCACAUGGUCACGCUCUGAAUCCGGCUGCCAUGUCUCAUAACGACCUCCGCACUGUUGAACGCCUUCCCCCCAAGCGCGCCGACAGUGGUACAGCUUCAGCUUCCGGCGACGACAUCCCGCGGCCCCGGACUGCCAGCAGCGCCGUGGACCGGAGCAGGCCUCUUCACACCGCGGGCACCCCCAUCCAGAUCCAGCACGACGAGCACACCUUCGAGUUCCCCACACCCUCGCCCGAGGCUAUUAAUAUAUCCAAGGAAAAGCUCCACCGGGACCAGACCAUGCCUAUUGGAAUGGCCCUAGGCAGCCCCAACCAGCCCAAUGCAAGUGCCUGGAAGCAGUCGCACCCCUCCAUCGACCAACAGCCCAAGGAAGCUGCCGCCGCCGCUAACCUGGACCCCGCCAACGAUGCCAAUGCCCCUCCGUCUGCACGCCCCAUGACCGGCGAUGAGAAGAAGCCCAAGAUCAGCAGGUGGAAGUCGCUGUUCGGCAGACGUCCUGCCGAGAAAGCACCCGCCACCCCUGCUCCCUUCUACCAACUGCAAAUGCCUGUGCAGGAGACGCCAGCCGUGCCGACCAUGCCCGCAAGAAAAGAUGCCCAUCCCGACGUCGUUGCCAGCCAGGCCUCUCUCGCGGACAACGAGAAGAGCAAAGCUGCCAAGGGCGAGGAGAAGAAGGCUCGGGGCAGGUUGAGGAGCAAGAGCAACGCCGCUGUGGAGGCCCGCGCCGCGGCACUGCCGCCACUGGAUCCGCCAAAGAUACCAACCGUCUACGCGGAACAAGGAAGCCCAAAGCCGGCUCCCAAGAAAGAGGAGCUCAAGAAGAAGCCGUCGCGCUUCUUCGGUCACAAGGAAGUCAGGCCUCAGAUUCAGCGGGCUGAGACAAGCCCCAUGUUGAACGUCGACAUUCCCACCAUCGAAAUGGAACGGUAUAGCGUCAUGUUUGGAAGUUUGCUCAAGGGAGACCGCCAGUCGAACCUCCUCCAUCGGCGCCAAGGCAAUGAGAGGCUGAAGCCGCUCAACUCGGACUCUCUGAGGUUGGCUGACAGGAGCCUGGCGGAUCAGGGCGAACAGGGAGAUGAUGAGCGGCACAUGCCCACCCGUCGCGCUACGUCGCCCGCGACACCGACCUUCCAGCCACCUACUCUAAACUUUUCACUAUUCCCGCGCGAUUCAAUGACGGGCUCCCGCUCCAAUUCUCCUGUCCCUGCGCGUGCACAGAGCCCUGCGCGGGCACAAAGUCCAGCCCCCAAGAACCUGAACCUUCCGAAACCUCAGCACAGGCUUCAGCGCUCAUUCACCGCUCCUUCUUCGCCCGGUCGUCCUUCUUUCAACUUCGAGGACAGUGACUCCCAUGCUGCGAAGGAGAGGCCGGCCGUUAGCCAAAACAUUACCGAGGAACCUGAGAGUACCGAAGAGAUCAGCAUUGGCGUCCGCCAGGCCGAUCUCAUUUCAGAAGCAUUCAGUGGCUCUAACCGGGACAGCCAGGCCAGCUUUGAGAGCAAUGAAAGCGAUGAUGAGGUAGCCAUCAGGCAAAAGGAGACGAAGGGCCACAACAACAGCAAAGUGGAUGUGAGCGGCUGGGAAAUGGUUUCCAAAAAGCAGCACCCAGACUUGCGCGUGCAAACAGCGAUUGCGCAGGGUACUACCAACACCCUUGAACUGCAGAGCCAGAGCCCGUUGAGCAGCUUGAGCGGCCAGAGUGUCGCUCAGGCGAAAGAAACUGUCGCCAGACAAAACUCACUUCUCGAGAGGCAGCGUCGGGAGAGGCAAGGUUCCCAGACGGGAUCACCAGUUGCGGCUUCUUCGCCAAUGAAAGAGCGACGGGGGCGCAAGCCUUCCUACACCUCUUCUCCUGUUGCAGACAACAACCAGGGCGAGCAGGCCCGCGAUAAGGACGCCGAAAUGAUGCUGGAGCAGCAGCGCCAGUUCCGCGAACGGAAGCAGAAGCAGAGGGAGGAGCAGCAGCAACAACCGCAACAGCAACAGCAGAACUCCUCCGGGCCGAGACGCCAGCCGACGCUGAAGGAGCGUGCCGAGGAGGUGCAGAACGCCAAUCGCGUUGCGAUCGCCCGGCAGGUAUCGAUCAGCCGGCAGCGCGCGCAGCGGGAGAUGCUGCGUGCGCAGUCGAAAUCUGGGUCCAAGGGCCACAACAGCCCCAACGGUAUCGGCAGCACGACGAUAAGCAGCAACCAGAAGAACACCACCUUCCACCCCUCGGAGCACAAGAGCCAGGAGUCCAGCCCCAACCCUACCAUUGUCGUCCCUGAAGAUGAACCGAAACCCAAGCUUGCGCGCCAGGAAUCUCUGCGACGCGCGGGCCGCAAUGCCACCCCGACGACCGUCACUGUCCAAAGCCCGACGGGCGAGCGUCUUGUUCAGAGGCGCACGCUUACCCCCGUCCUUGUCGAUAUUCCCAACCGCAAGAGUGUUGUCGGGAACAUCGUUGACGAAGGUGACUAUGACGCGCCGCUGAUGCCGCCCCCUAUGCCGUUUGCCAUGUCAGACCCCAACCGCGCCAGCACGGUCUCAUUCAGCCACCUCAACUGUUGA